AUGGUCCUGAUUCAGACCUUAGUUCCCAUUUUGGGAGGCGCUGUUGUUGCUGCCAAUGGUGGGAUAGAUGAGACAGGAUCUUUUGUUCAUGGAGUCGAGCCACUAAGGCAGGAAUUGUAUGUGGGAGACUCGAACGACAACUGGAGCUGCUUGAGUAACCCUUCGGUGGUUUUAAAUGUCAGUCAGAUCAAUGAUGGCGUGUGUGAUUGCCCAGACGGCUCCGAUGAACCUGGGACCGGGGCGUGUGGCACCAAGGCGCCUUUAUUCUACUGUCGCAAUGAGGAAUUCAUCCCUAAGUACAUCUCACAAAGUAAAGUCAAUGAUGGCGUAUGCGACUGCUGCGACUGCUCGGAUGAGCUGCUUUCCCCGGCGGAACCGUUCUACAGGGGCUCAGGAUGUUCGGAGUUGCAGGAAGCCUUCGAGAAGAUCAAGAAGACGGAACUGAAAAAGCAUGAGGAGGGUUCUCGAGAACUGCGAAGCCUUUACAAGAGAUUUCACCUGAAGGAUGGAAGUGGGAACGUAGAUAGAAUGCUGUUAGCCGAAGAAAUCGAGAAGAUUUCGGGUCAACUUAUGGAUAGCGAGUUGACUCUAUCAUCCUUAAAGACUAAGCAUGUUGAGCAGUUGAAGACGGAGAAUCCAUUACUGUACCAAUUUAAGCAGUUGGACGCAGACUAUAUCGCUUCCGAGAUUGCAAGCUCGUUUGAGCGGGUGGUUGAAGUCAGCAGAGCAUAUGAGAGCCUGGUGAAGAUCCUGGACGCACUCAGUGAUAAUUAUUUGCGUUCGUUGAACGACAGAGUGGUCAAUGACAAUGUUAAGAAGUACGAUUUUAUGAGAAGCCAAAGUUUGAGGAAAAUAAGCUGUGACUCCAAAGUCGAGGAGCAGCAGCGCGACCAACUAGUGGAAUAUUUCCAGCGGGAGCUCCCUCAGAUGUUUUGCGAGGGUAAGAUCGACAAACCUUCCAAGUAUAUCAUUGGCAAGAUCACAUUUGUGGAAAGCAUGGUUUUCGGCAAAGUUGAUUACGUGCCCGUGGUCAUUUCGAAGAUCCAGCAACUGAGCGGAUUGAUGUCGGAAGUUGCAGAAAAUUACAACGUGAAUUACCAGGACUCAGGUGUCAAGGAGGCUGUGGAGUCUUACAAACACUGGUUGCUGCAAUACCAGGCGUUGGGCGAUGGUGCGCUUCUGCCCGAAGAGUUCGUGGAAAAGUUCGCGCGGCUCAAGGAGUUCGUUCUCGCAAGUGCUGGCGAGAUCUUAGCCUCCAGCAGUGGCGAGCAGGUCGACUCCACCUUCCAAGGCGUGCUGCAACAUAUCAAAUUUUUAGCCAGGAAAGCGGCCGCAUAUUUCAGACCGAACCUUGCGAGCGAGAUAGCGGCCCUCGAGUCCACCAUGGAACAGCUGAAGAGGCAGCUUGACACUAAGAGAGAGCAGUACCGUACGCUGGAGGACGAGCAACAGGGUGGCGGCAUCCGGGAGCUGCAAAGAUUGAAGCAACUUAUCGGCGCACUUUCGCAGCAACAUGUCUUGACCAAUGCCAUCGAUAACUACGUCUAUCAAAUCAGCCUCGGCGGACCCAUCUACCAAAUAGAGAACUCACCAACAGGAAACCAGGUGAAAAUCGGCGAUCUCAAAGACCUACGUUUACAAAGCGAAGAUUCUCAACCCGCUUUCUUCAGCUACCUGAAGUCCACUUAUCCUGACGAAGGCGACCUCUUCCCAGCCCUCGUUUCCGAGACCGCUUCGGACCAAGAAGAAUACCUAUUCGGCAACCUCCAUGAGGCAAGCAAUGGUCUGGUGCUCGAGUACUCCGGAGGCGACCGAUGCUGGAACGGUCCGCAGAGGUCCGCACAGCUCAAGGUCCGUUGCGCCAAGGACUUCCAGAUAACAAAGGUCUACGAGAUGACGAAGUGCAACUACGGAAUCGAAAUGACAGGACCCAUCGGCUGCAACUUGUUGUGA